UCAUUAACAGGGAGAGCUUCAACACGCAAACAAAUUUCAAUAAAUUGGAGGAUCCACACUUCCAUUGCCUUCCUAGUUGUUGCUUCAAUGCUUAUGCUCGCCAGAAGAAGAAACCCACUUGAAUUUAGGCCUUCAAUUUGCUCUUCUCUCAAACUAUUCUCAACUCUGUUGCCCAACCCUUCACCGGACUCCAAAACCCAGACCGGAAAAUCCACUAAACCCCUCUCAAAACCCCAACUCAAAGCGCUAGUUCUCAGCCAAUACUCCCACGGCAAGUUCUCCAACCUCGUCCAAAACGUCGUCGCUUUUCCUGCCGUCCUCCUCACCGCCUGCCAAAACCUCACCAAUCCACAACCCGACAAUGCCUUCCACUCCCCUGACUCACUGUCACUUGUUCACUCGGUCUCGAAGCGGUUCGAUAUCGAAGAAAUGGGCAGCGAGCUCCGCGAGAAUCGGUUCGAUGUCAAAGCUUGUUGCGUUACAAUGGUGCCCUCGAGAAAGAAAGGUGAGUGUUUGGUUUUGCCCAAUUUGAAAUUGAAGGUUGUGAUUGAAGCCAUUAGAAUGUUAUUGGAAAUUGUUUAUGAUGAACGGUUCGUAACAUUUUCUUACGGUGGGCGUGUUGGUAUGGGACGCCACACCGCGAUUAGGUACCUUAAAAACUCAGUAGAGAAUCCCAGUUGGUGGUUUGAUGUUGCAUUUCAUCGAGAAAAGUUUGAUAAUCGGCAUGUAAAUAAGUUGUGUUUCUUUAUCGAAGAGAAAAUAAAGGAUGGGAUUUUGAUUGAUAUUAUAAAGAGGUUGUUUGAGUGUGAGGUUGUGGGAAUUGAAUUGGGCGGUUGUUAUUUAGGGAGGGGGUUUCCUCAAGAAAGUGGGUUGAGUUCAAUUUUGAUUAAUAUUUACUUUAAUGGGUUUGAUAAGGAAAUUCAAGAAAUGCGUCUUCGGAAGAAUCAGGAGAAUCCCAAGUUUGAUUCAAAUGAGCUUGUUUCGAUGUCUGGUGUAUCUUAUAAGCCGUUGAAGAUAUAUGUGAUCAGGUACUUGGAUGAGAUAUUAGUGAUAACUUCAGGAUCAAAGAUGUUGAUGAUGGAUUUGAAGAAUUGGUUUUUGAAAUAUUUAGAAGGGAGAUUGGAGUUGAAAGUAGAUAGGAUGAAAACGGCUAUUCAUAGUGCAGUAUCUGAGAAGAUUACUUUUCUAGGCAUGGAACUACAGGCGGUUCCACCUUCAGUUUUGCAUCCUCCUAUGACAGAAAAAGCAAUUCGGGCCCGGAAGAAGUAUCUCAGACAGAAGGAAGUGAGAGCUUUAGAAUUGAAAAAUGCUAGAGAGAGGAAUAGGAAGAAAUUGGGCUUGAAGAUAUUGCAGCAUGUUUUUAAGAAGUUGAAGCAAAGUGGUGAGUUUAAAUUUGAAUUUCAAAUUGAAAAAGAAGUUCGAGAAAUCUUCAGAACUUGGGCUAAUGAAGUAGUCCAAGAUUUCUUGGGAUCCUUGGAAGAGCGUUCGGAAUGGUACCGGAUGCUCACAGCAGGUGAUUUUCUCUCUUUGAGGCACAUUAGAAAUCAAUUGCCUCAAGAGCUGGUUGAUGCCUAUGAUAAGUUCCAAGAGCAAUUAGAGAAGCAUUUGAGUCCGGUCAAAGCCAGAAAGGCAUUGGAGAAAGAAGAAAGGAGAGUGGAGGAGGAAGAGGAGCGGAAAUAUGCUAAGAGAACGGUUGAGGAUUUGACAAGGCUGUGUAUUAAGUUCGAUGCACCCAUAGAACUUGUUAGGAAGGCGGUUAAGAUGGCCGGGUUUACAAACAAUAUGGGUCGCCCCAGGCCGAUUAAGUUGCUCAUUGCUCUUGAAGAUACUGACAUUAUCAAGUGGUAUGCUGGCGUAGGAAGAAGGUGGCUUGAUUUCUUCUGCUGCUGUCACAACUUCAAGAUGGUAAAAACCGUUGUAACUUAUCACUUAAGGUUCUCUUGCAUAUUGACAUUAGCUGAGAAGCAUGAAUCGACAAAACACGAAGCUAUUAAGCAUUACACUAAGGAUUUAAAAGUCUCUGAUUUGGAUGGAAAUGAAGAAGUGUAUUUUCUGACAGAAAGAGAGGUUAAAAUGAUGGGAGAUCAAAAUCUCUCGGAUCCAAGGCCAGUUGAUGGGGCUUUAUCUUUGGCUUUGAUCAGAUUGGCUUCUGAUGAGCCUUCAUGUUCCUGUAUCGCUCAUUUCUGUGACAAAACGGCUACUGUUUUUUAUCGGGUACGAUUACUACAAAACCGUCUGAAUGUGAACCCACUGGAUGAAGGGAAGUGGGUCCCUGGGAUGGGUGCCAUUCAUGAAAGUCUCAAUCGUAAAUGCCUCCCUCUCUGUUCUGAUCACAUAAACGAUUUAUACAUGGGGAAAAUUACCCUUCAAGAUAUCGAUUGCACUUCAUUUGUGGAUGCAGACUGAAUCGUUGCUUGUUCUGCUGCUGCAUCUUUCUGAUUGGCAUUUGUUCUAGAGGCUAAAACUGCACUGAGCACAAAUCAAGAAACUAUCGCGU